UAUAUAAAACACGUUGGCCUAGAUCCUAAAUUACACACAAACAAAGGUGUAAAGUUAAAUUAGACGCCAAAAACUUCUCAUUUUGCCAACUUGUCGUUCUCAGAGAACGUUCAAAUUAUAGGAGAGACGAUACUGGCACUCCUUGUUAGUUCUCACAGUGUUAUUCUGGCACAAUAACGCGAAGAGGCGAGUGAAACUUGGACCAAGGAAAAAAGACUGUCGAGGAAAAAAUGGCGGAGCUACUGAUAACAGGAGGCACGGGUUACGUACCAGAAGACGGCAUGGUAGCUACUCAUUUAUUUUCUAGCGAUGGCCUUACUUAUAGUGAUUUCAUCAUUCUUCCUGGAUUCAUUGAUUUUCUGGCAAAUGAUGUGGACUUGACUUCACCCCUCACCAAGAAGAUCACCCUGAAGACACCUUUAGUCAGCUCACCUAUGGACACUGUCACUGAAUCAAAAAUGGCAAUUACGAUGGCUUUAAACGGAGGUAUUGGGAUCCUUCAUCACAACUGUUCUAUUGAAUUCCAAGCAAAUGAAGUGAGGAAAGUCAAGAAAUUCGAGCAAGGAUUCAUCACAGCUCCACUUGUUCUUAGUACUUUGCACACUGUUGGUGACGUGAUAGAGGCCAAGGCCAAACAUGGAUUCUCUGGGAUUCCAAUCACUGAGAAUGGCCAUAUGGGUGGAGUGUUACUCGGCAUUGUUACAUCCAGAGACAUAGAUUUCCUUCUUGAUAUUGACCAUAGCAAGCCACUGAAAGAGGUCAUGACUCCUGUAGAAGACCUAAUUGUGGCUAAAUCAGGCAUUACUCUAAUAGAAGCUAACCAAAUUUUGCAGCGCAGUAAGAAAGGAAAACUACCAAUCAUCAAUGAAAAGGGAGAACUGGUGUCUCUCAUAGCAAGGACUGAUUUAAAGAAGAACAGAGACUAUCCACUGGCUUCAAAAGAUAAGAACAAGCAGUUAUUAGUGGGUGCAGCCAUCGGCACAAGAGAAGAAGACAAACUACGGCUGGAUGCACUUGUCAAGGCUGGUGUCGAUGUGGUUGUAAUAGAUUCAUCUCAGGGGAAUUCCAUAUUUCAACUGGAGAUGAUAAGACAUAUCAGAGAACGUUAUCCUGACCUUCAGGUGGUUGGAGGCAAUGUUGUCACAGCUGCACAGGCUAAAAACCUUAUUGAUUCUGGUGUUGAUGCUCUGCGUGUCGGCAUGGGAAGUGGCUCUAUUUGUAUUACUCAAGAAGUCAUGGCAGUAGGAAGACCACAGGGUACAGCUGUAUACAAGGUGGCAGAGUAUGCUAGAAGAUUUGGGGUGCCUGUGAUUGCUGAUGGGGGUAUACAGACUGUCGGUCAUAUAACCAAAGCUCUGGCACUUGGUGCUUCUACAGUGAUGAUGGGAUCAUUGUUAGCAGGUACCUCAGAAGCACCAGGAGAAUACUUCUUUUCGGAUGGUGUAAGACUGAAAAAAUACAGAGGUAUGGGGUCACUCAGUGCAAUGGAAAGUAACACAAAUUCUGCUUCUAGAUAUUUCAGUGAGUUUGAUAGAAUCAAAGUAGCCCAGGGCGUGUCUGGUUCUGUCGUUGACAAAGGAUCCAUACACAAAUUCAUGCCAUAUCUUAUCGCCGGCAUUCAACAUGGCUGCCAGGACUUGGGUGCUAAGAGCUUAACAUCUUUAAGAUCAAUGAUGUAUUCUGGUGAACUGAAAUUUGAAAGACGAUCUGCUUCAUCUCAAAUAGAAGGAGGAGUGCAUGGAUUGCAUUCGUAUGAAAAAAGACUCUUUUAAAAUCAUGCCCUAUAACAACACACAUGUAAGAGGACCAUUCAAACUUUCAUUAUUUUAUAGAUUAUAACUAUACUAUAUAAUAGAAUUCAUUUCUGCAAUAUCUUUCCAAAAAAUAUAAAUUCCUGUAUUUAAUCCAACUUGAAAUUCUUAUUUGUCCUAUCAGAAUUAUUGGAGAUUAUAUAAUUGCGACAUGCACCUAAUUAAAAAAACAUUGUCGGGUUCAAAAAAAGGUCAUAUCAUCAAAUCUAAGACCAAAGGGGAGCACGGAAAGACAAAAUACCGCAGCCAAACAGCUCUCCAGCGUAAAUCUUCGGGGAAUGGCUUUGGCAUGUCAACCUAAGUCGACUGACUUUGCUCUACUGUGCAUUUUUACAUGUCUAUAUGCAAAUAUAAUACACAUUUCGGAGUACCCAAAAUCCUUUUUGGUCUUGGCUUCAAUGAUAUGACCUUCUCGAACCCGACGUUAGGUGUAUACUUAUACAGUAUAAUACAUACAUGGACCAUAAAAAAUAUAUUCUAAUAAAUAGUAAAUAUAGCCUCUCGACAUCAUGCUGUACUCAAGUAUUAUUUCAGACUAAUGUAAAUGUUUUUAUCGUCUUGGAAGGGUAAUAUUACCAUUUAUUAUAAAGACUUUAGCGUUUUGCAGGCAAAUAUGUCAAUUGUAAUUUUUAUACCUACUACAUCCGGCACCUCAGUGACAUAUUUUCCACAUUCUCAGUAGUGAAGACAUCAAUGACGUCUUUUCCAAUGUUUUUGACAGGCUUUUGUUUGUGAAUAUGUCUAUAUAGUAAAAAUAAAAUUACACGGUGGCGUUAAGAUAUUA